AUGCGGUAUGUGAUUGAAGAGCUCAGUAAGAAGGGGCAUGAAACUGUGGUCCUAGUUCCUGAAGUCCAUUUGCUCCUUAAAGAAUCAAAAUUCUACAAAAGAAAAUUCUACCUGUUCCCCUACCCCCAGGAUGAACUGGAGAAGUGCUUCCAGACAUUUAGCCACAAUCUCUUUGCAGAAAGGUCUUUCCUGAGCACAGCCUGGGCUGAGUACUGGAAUGUCUGGUUUCUCACAGACAUGUUCUUCCUCAACUGUGACAGCCUGCUGAAGGACCAUGAGACCAUCAGUUACCUCGAAGAAAGCCUAUUCGACACCUUCUUCACUGACCCAGCAUUGCCAUGUGGGAUGAUUCUGGUCAAGCAUCUGUCCAUACCUCCUGUAUACUUUUUCCAAGGCUUUCCCUGUGCUUUGGAGCACACAAUAAGCAGGACCCCCAACCCCAUGUCUUCCAUCCCCAGGUGCUAUACUGCCUUUUCUCAGCACAUGACCUUCUACCAAAAAGUGAUCAACUUCCUGGUGAAUGAUUUAGAGACACUCCUCUUUAAGGACUUGUACACAAAAUACCUUGAGAUUGCUGCUGACUUCCUAAAGAGAGAGGUGAACCUGCCAACCCUCUAUGGACAAGGAUCCAUUUGA